AUUGGGCUACGUGAUGGCGUGUGCACUGUAUGGCGGGAUUCUACCUACUUGUUCUCAUCGUUGUUGGCGCGCUUUGAGUGCUUUAGGUGAUGAGCGAGCGCGUACAUGGAUGGCCGCGUUUUCUUGUAUGUGUGCGUGUGCAGCGUGCGGUGGUUGUCUACCUGCCAAAAAACGACAUAUUUCCUUUUUCUAGCUAGGUACUUGAGCUUUGUGCCGUGCGUGCUCUUAUGUGUGAUCUCUCUUGCAUCCGUUCCCUCAUCUCACGAUCUACAUAUCUGCACCAAACGUAGCGUUAAAUCGUGGCUGUAGACGGUGCUUUUGGAUUCAUGUUCAUCGACUUCACGAUUUAACAUCUACGGAAAACACGCACAUCCAAUCUUGAAGCG